UGCACUUCUCUGGAUCCUCUCGGACAGGUUUCUUCGUUCCAACCGAUACCAUAUCCCCCAGAUCACCCAAGCCCAAGAGAUCUGUCAAGCCUCCUAGGUUUCCAAUCUUCGUCAGAUCUGACAAACCUCCCAAGUCUCCAAUAUCUUGCUGGUCUGACGAGCCUCUCACAUGAUCCGCCAGGUCCUCAAAUCUAUCCAGGCCCAACAUAUCCAGCAAGUUGCCCAAUCCUAACAAGUUCAAGAGCAACUUGUCCGCUCCCGUUCUGUCCAUACCCAAUUCCUCCAAGACCGACUUGUCCAGGAUGGACUUGUCCAAUCCCAACUUGUCCAGCCCUAACUUGUCCAAGCCCAACUUCUCCAAGCCCAACUUAUCCAGGUUCAACUUGUCCAAUUCUGACUUGUCCAAUUUCAAAUUAUCUGCGAUCAUCUUAUCCACAAUCGCCUUGGCCGGGUUCAACUUCUCCAAACUCAGAAUUUGGGACAACUUUGCUAGGCCCAACCUAUGCAGGUCCAAUUUAUCCAGGCCAAACUUAUCCAGGCCAAACUUAUCCAAGCCCAAUUUAUCCAAGCCCAAGAUAUCCAAGCUUCCUGAGUGACCAUGCUUUGUCAAUCCCGCUGCGUUCGUGAUCGGUGCGGCUUGAAUAGUCAUUGUCGCGAAAGCAACAGUGAGCACCACUGCGGAGGAAAAAGCGGUAGAAAACUUCAUGGUGAUGAUAAAAUGGUAAUAGUAAUAAUGAUAAUAAUGAAGAUGAUUGUGAUAGAAACAGUAAUGUGUCUAGUGUGGAUCUGAGUGAAAAGGAAUCGAGUAUCUUGAAAGCUUUGAAAUACUUUUU